AUGCGACUGCUGCCGACGCGUUUCAAGCCGCAGUCGCACUUCUUCGUGCGAUGUCAGUCCGGUGUUUCGUCUCGGGACUGGCGUCAAGUGGUGGCAGAUUUCCAGCGCAAGGCGAAUGACACAAGUGCGUCAUUGGUGUCCAAAGACGUCGAGAGUGUCGUCCGCGUGUGCACGCAGAGCGAUCGGACUCGAGAGGCUUUAGACGCGAUCCGUAGAGGAGAAAAGCGCGGCGUCUCAGCCCCACUGAACUCGCAUAUGCAGAUUUCCUGCGCUUGGGCUCGUAAGGGCCAAGCGGAUCGGGCGUUGGCCAUGAUGCCGGAACUCCGCAACCAGUUUGGCGAACAGUUCCGAAACCAGUCGAGCGUCUAUGAUCCGCUGCUGUCGGAGUUUAAAUCGCAGGGAGAUUGGAGAAAUACCCAUGCUGCUAUCGCGCAGAUGCACGAACUGGGUGUCGAACCAACGCUACGUGCGUUCCGAGUGCUCAUGUUGACAGCAGCGAAAGCUCGACGAAAGGAUUCGUUGAUGACAACGGUGGAGUUUGUGGAGAACAAGUUUCCUGGUGUUUGGACGGAUGUGGCUACACUUACAGCAAUGUGCCAGGCGCUUGUGGAAGCCGGCGAGACCCACCGCGUGAUGGAGAUCUACCGCAAGCUAGACAACGAAUGGGUUCGUAAUGAAGCCAGCACGAUGCUGUUCAACCAUAUCCAGUUGGCGAUGGGCAUCUUCGAUCGAAUGCGGGAAGCUCGGAAAGCCGCUCCGGACGAUUUCACCUUUGCAGUGUAUAUGAUGGAUCUCGAGAAACGUGGCGAGUGGGCACAAGUGCUGGAUCUGUUCAACGCGAUGUUAGACACCCAAACACGCAACCUUAACAACGACGUGAAGAAGCCAGUGAUCAACGCACUGGCUUGUUCCGCACAACGCAAACUGAAGCAGGACUUGGCGGUUGUGCUCCAGCAGCUUCCUACUGUGGAUCUGCGCAACAUUGGCCAUGCGUCGACGUUGAUUGAUACGCUGGACGACUUGAGAUUGUUCUCAGCAGCACGUCGGACUUUCAAACGCAUGUUGGAUGAAGAGAUUAUUCAGAAAACGCCAUGGAGACUCAAGGACGGGUUUGAGAUCGACUUGCACACAUUCUCUCGUGGUGUGGCCAAGUGUGCGGUAGUGUCUGCUUUCGAGGAGAUCACGCGCUCCCAACAGGGGAUCAGCGACGUCUCUCUUGCUGGGAACGCACCGCUACAGAACCUUCGCAUUAUCACGGGCGUUGGGAGACGCAGCAAGUCGUUUUUGAAGCCUGUACUGAAGCAAGAAAUCGUGGACUUGUUAACUCAGUCAUGUCGUCCACCACUGUGGCCGUCGUCCCACCCCACCAACCCAGGUGUGCUUCUUGUACGCCAUAAUGCUCUUCGAAAAUGGCUCAAGAAAGGUGGAGCUAUUCGAUACUUUUAA